AUGGCGUCUACCUCCUCCUCUCAAGAGCGUUCUUUCAGUGAAUUUGAAAGGAAAACAUUCACUGUAUCAUAUGAUGCAUUCAUUAACCACCGAGGCCCUGACACGAAAGCUACUGUGGCUUUUGCACUUUAUGAAUCACUGGAAGAAAUGGGAUUUUGGACAUUUCUUGAUGAUCAAGAAUUACAAUUGAAAGAUUCAAUUGAGCCUGCAAUUAAAAAUGCCAUAUACUCUUCCUCUGUGCAAAUAGCCAUCUUCUCACCAGGAUAUGCGGAGUCCCUUUGGUGUCUAAAUGAGCUGGUUGACGUGUUGAAAACCAAGGCUCUGUUUAUUCCUGUAAUUUGUGAUGUGAAGCCUUCUGAUCUUCGCUACCCUGAAGGUCAACACUCUGUUUAUGCAACUGCAUUCGCUGAACAUGAAAGAAAGGGGAGAUUCAGCAAGGAGACGCUUAAUGACGGGAAACAAGCUCUCCGCUCUUCUUCACUGAUCUCUGGCUACGAAUUCAGCACAUCUAAUGAAUAUGGCUUAGUUUAUUUCGUUUCCGUUGUUUGCUUUCAAUCCAUUAUGAUUCAUAAUGUCGAGGAGCUGCGUACAAAGAUUGCCUUGGCUGUGCAAGAAAGUGUUGGAAAGAAGGGCUUCCAAAGAUAUGUGGAAGUUGCAAAACAUCAGAGAGUUCAUAAUGCAGACGCAGAAGCGUCAACAAGUAGAUCAGCGGAGGUGUACAAGAAAUCUAGCCUUCUGCCAAGAGAUUCACAUCCAGUGGGCAUGCAUUCCAAUGUUGAACACGUGGUAGGCAUGUUGGAAGACCCAGAAGCUCAGGUUAUAGCCGUCGUUGGUAUGGGCGGCUCGGGGAAGACAUUUCUUCUCCAAAAUGUCUACAAUGCCGUAAAAUCCAGGUUUGACAAUUCUAUUUGGCUUUCUAUUUCCAAAUCAUAUGCAGUCAAGAAUUUGCAACAUGAUAUAGCCUUCCGCAUAGGUUUAAAAAGUGAAGUUGUGGAUAGUGCCAUAUCUCAAGAGACAGUGGCUGAAUUAAUUCAUGACCGUCUCCAAAGGAAAAAAUCUCUUAUUGUGCUAGAUGAUCUGUGGAGUCGUGGACGUUAUCAACAGAAGAUAAUCUCUUCUAUAAACUUGGUCUGCCAGCUGAUAAAAAUUGCAAAGUUGUGGUGA